AUGUGCGAUCCCGUCUCCCUUGCAUGCCAAGCCUCACAACCUUUAUGCACGGCCUGCCUGAUUCCUGUACAUGAUAAGAUUACGGAAACUUUGACCGCGUGCUUUCAACUCCGCCGGAACCGGAGCUUUCUCACGGAAGCGCUAAGCGACCUACGGGCCACCGCACAGAAAGUGAAGGACAAGGUCGAGGAAGAGGAGGCUCACCAGCGGAUCUGCAAUCCUGAUGUCAGGCGGUGGCAGAAGAAGGUCGAGGAGAUACUCCGGGAAUGCGACGCCGACCAGGAGCAUGAGGAACCAAAGAGAUGCGCCUGCCUGUGUGGCUGCGACAUGGAUCUGGUCCACCGUCACCGUGUCGCCAGGAAAGUCGUCCAGAAUCUGCAGGACGUGAACAAGCUGAGGUCAGAUGGCGAUGCAUUCACUCCCCCCUUCACCCACGAGCCGCCACCGGAGCCGGUGGAGGAACUGCCGUUUGAAACGCAGACCAUCGGGAUGGAGUCGGCCCUAAGCCAGCUCCUAUCCCGGUUUGACGACGCGGAGAAGAGCAUCAUCGGCGUCCACGGGCUAGGGGGCAUGGGCAAGACGACGCUCCUCAAAACGCUCAACAACGAGCUCAAGGAGAAUACCCGCGAUUACCAUGUGGUGAUCCUGAUCGAGGUUGCCAACUCCGAGACGCUCAACGUGGUCGAUAUGCAGAAGAUCAUCGCCAAUCGGCUGGGUCUGCCGUGGAACGAGAGCGAGACGGAGAGGGAGCGAUCCACCUUUCUGCGCAGGGCCCUGAGGAGGAAGAAAUUCGUUGUCCUGCUCGACGACGUCUGGAAAAAGUUCCAGUUGGCGGACGUGGGAAUCCCCACGCCAAGCUCCGACAACGAGUGUAAGCUGAUCCUCGCCUCGCGGUCGAACCAGGUGUGCGUCGAGAUGGGCGACAAGGAGCCCAUGGAGAUGCCCUGCUUGGGCGACAAUGAAUCGCUGAGGUUGUUCCGGAGCAACUUGAUGGCCGAGGUCAGUGCCGCCAUCGACCAUGACAGCGACAUGAGAAGAAGCGCCAUGGAUAUCAUACAGAGCUGCGGCGGCCUUCCACUAGCACUCAACGUCGUAGGCUGCGCUCUCGCGUGCAGCACGGAUGCGGAGGAAUGGAAGCAAGCGGCAAGAGCAAUGAGGCGAUACUCGUGGAGAAUCAAUGGCGUCGAGGAGAUGUUGAACGUUCUCAAGUUUAGCUACGACAAGCUUAAUGACACACAGCAGAAAUGCUUCCUGUACUGUACUCUCUUCCCCGAGUACGGCUCCAUAAACAAGGAACUGCUGGUGAACUAUUGGGUGGCAGAGGAGCUCGUGUCCGGAAAAAGCUACGACGGGUAUCCCACCGUGACGAAGCUGGUCUCUGCUUGCUUGUUGCAGAGGAGCGACACCGAGCCGGGGGAGGUGAAGAUGCAUCAGAUUACCCGACAAAUGGGCCAUCGGGAAGCACCAAAGGAGAGAUUCAUGAUAAAGGCCGGUCGUGCAUUGAAGCAAGCACCUGAUGUGCAGCGGUGGACAGAAGCCUCGAGGAUCUCCCUGAUGUGCAACGACAUCAGGGAGCUCUCCAUCGCCCCCAAGUGCAAGGGGCUUCUCACCUUGCUGCUCCAGAACAACCCAAACCUGUGCCACCUCGGCCCCAAGUUCUUCAGCUACAUGUCCUCUCUCAAGGUGCUCGACCUUUCCCGCACCGCCAUUGACAAGCUCCCCAACUGCAGCGCACUGGUUCAGCUGGCCUAUCUCAAUCUAUCCCACACACCGAUCAAGGAAUUCCCCAAGCAACUCUGCGACGCGCUGGUUCAGCUGCUCUAUCUUAACAUGUCGAAUACCUACAUCACCCAGCUCCCCAACAACCUGUGGAAAUUGAAGAAGCUGACGCAUCUGAAUCUAAGCGAAACAUCGGCGCUCAAGGUGAUCCCCCACGGCACCAUCUCCAAGCUCUUCAACCUCAGAUUUCUCGACCUCUGCAGGAGCCACUAUGGGAUCUCGGAAUUGCCCGACCUGAACCUUGAGAUGUUGAAGGACCUCGAGCUUCUGGGGAUCACAAUAUACUCCCAAGCCGUCCUAGGCAAGCUGAAGAAAAGCGAUCCGCUUGCGAGAUCCACUCAGCGCCUGAGUCUGGCACAUUGCCAAGGCAUGGAAUCCAUCCAGCUCCUGGAAUUCAAAAAGAUGAGGCACCUCAAGGAGCUCUACAUCGACAGCUGCAACCAACUGCAAGACCUAAUAGUCGAUCACGUCGAGACGGAAGACACCAGCAUUCCACCGACGAAGAAGCGAGUUGAACUGAAGCUGCUCACGCUCGCGUUUCUGCCCGACCUCGUCCGAGUCUCGCUGGGGCCGGCGCCCCAUCGAUUCCAACACCUCCGCGACCUCACCAUCAAGUCAUGCCCCAAAUUACGCAACGUGUCGUGGGUGCUACGCCUGGAAUCCCUCGAGCGGCUCGUCAUCUCCCAGUGCGACGAAUUGGAAGAGGUCGUACACGAGGGGAGUGAUGGGGCUUCCACGAGAACCAACGGCGUACCCGAGGUGGAGGAAAAGGGUGUCGAAGCAUGUGAACAGAGAAGGGAUGGGUUUCCGAAGCUGAGAUCCGUGGUGCUGAGCGACCUGCGCAAGCUGAGGAGCAUCAGCCAAACGGAGGACUUGCCUUGCUUGCAGAACAUUAGGGUGGAGCGGUGCCCAAACCUCAGAAGGCUUCCGGUGGGGAGGAUGCCAAAAUUGGAGCAGAUAAUUGGGGAGAACGAGUGGUGGGAAGGAAUGCCGCCGGAGACAAAGGCCGAUCUGUGCAACUAUUUCGUCCCCAUUGAGGAGAAGAGCGGCAACAGCAGAAACCUACAAACCCAAUAAAUUUUGGGGUUAUUAUUUUUUUUUUCGAAGGAUAAAUUAGAAAAAUGGAAUUCGAGUUAAAAUAAUAAUAAUAUGUCAAAGUCUUUGAGAUCUCCUCCUUAA